AUGCCUCCUCAAACAAAGUACGCUGUACCUCCUCUUGAAGUAACAGGCUUUCGUAUUUUUGUACGUACUUCAUAUGCAGCAAGGUACAAUUUUGCUGUUGCCAAUUAUAAUGCUGUAUCUGUUAUACAAAAAUCAACUAUGUUUGGUAAUCGUUUAUUUUUAUUUCGAUCUAUUGUAGCUGUUGUUUGGAUUAUAUCAAUGGCUUUUGCAAUUCUUACUCUACUUUUGGCUGGAUUAGUCGCUGUUACUAUUAUUUUGAGUUUGAUAUAUAUUGCAAUAUCAAUUUAUAACAUAUAUGUAUUUAUUCAAAAUGGUAAUCUUCUUCGUUCAGCACGUCUUUUACGAGCUAAAGUUGCUGGACCAAGUGGUCAUGAUUAUGAAUGGGUAUCUGUACCACUUGAUUCACGUAGUGCAAAUGAAAGAUUAGCUUCUGUUGAACAAGCAUCACUUGAUAAUGUACGAAGAGAAUUCGGAGGAAAUAAUAACAGUGAAAUCGAUUGUAUGGUAUAUACAAAACGUUAUGCUGAUUCAUAUCCAUCGUUUCCUAAAGAACUUCUUUUACAUUUAAUUGCAUUUAUAUUAGCGAUUAUUGUUGGUAUUACAAUAGUUGUAGUUAAAAGAAAAUAUCUAUAA